AUGAAGAGGCUAGCUAAUAAUAAUAAACUGUUACCUUUUUCUUUCAAUUCCUCCUCUCCAGUCAUGCCGUGUCUACAUGACCAGAGUCUUGCCUUGCUCCAAUUCAAGAAAACCUUUUCCAUUAGAAGUAAUGCCUCUUCCUGGGAUUUCCCUUACCCCAAGCCUUAUCCAAAGGCAGGGUCUUGGAAAGAGGACACGGAUUGCUGCUGGUGGGAUGGGGUCACUUGCGACAUAGAUACGGGUAAUGUAAUUGGCCUUAACCUUUCUUCUAGCUUGCUCUAUGGUACCAUCCAUUCUAAUAAUACUCUUUUCUUCCUUCCUCAUCUCCAAAAGCUAGACUUCUCUAACAAUGAUUUCAACCGCUCUCAAAUUGUACCUCAGUUUGGCCAGUUUUUGAAUUUAUCAUAUCUUAACCUAAACCACUCUGUUUUUGAGGGCCGAAUUCCACUAGAAAUUUCUUAUCUGUCUGGUUUGGUUUCGCUUGAUCUUUCUAGGAACAAUUAUUUAAUACUUGAAGCCACUACUUUUAAUGAGCUUGUUCAUAACUUAUCCCAGUUACGGGAAUUAGACUUGAGUGAAGUAAACAUGUCUUUGGUUGCACCUAGUUCCCUGAUGAAUUUGUCUUUUUCUUUGACAUCUCUCAAUCUCCAUUCUUGUUCAUUGGAAGGCAAAUUCCCAGAUAUCAGUCAUCUAUCUGUACUGGUUUCACUUGAUCUUUCUGAUAACUAUGAUUUGAUACAAGAAAGCACUUAUUUUAAAAAGCUUGAUCAAAACCUAACCCAGUUGCAAGAAUUGAACUUGAGUGGUGUAAACAUGUCUUUGGUUGCACCUAGUUCCUUGAUGAAUUUGUCUUCUUCUUUGACGUCUCUUAAACUAAGCAGAAGCCAAUUGCAUGGGAAAUUCCCAGAUAUCAGUCAUCUAUCCAAAUUGGUUUCAUUGGUCCUCUCCCACAACAAAUUUAAUGGUGAGAUUCCCUCCUCAUUUGGAAACCUUAAACAGCUUCAUACUUUGAGCCUCCGCAACAACAGUCUCAGUGGUCAAAUUCCAUCCUCACUUGGAAGCCUUAAGGAACUCACUUCAUUGGUCCUCUCCUACAACAAAUUUAAUGGUGAGAUUCCCUCCUCAUUUGAAAACCUUAAACAUCUUCUAUUUUUGGACCUCAGCAACAACAAUCUCAGUGGUCAAAUUUCAUCCUCACUUGGAAGCCUUAAGGAACUCACUUCAUUGGUCCUCUCCGACAACAAAUUCAAUGGUGAGAUUCCCUCCUCAUUUGGAAACCUUAAACAGCUUCAUAAUUUGCGCCUCCGCAACAACAGUCUCAGUGGUCAAAUUCCCUCCUCAUUUGAAAACCUUAAACAUUAUCUACUUUUGGACCUCGGCAACAACAAUUUCAGUGGUCAAAUUUCAUCCUCUCUUGGAAAAAGUUUAGUAUACCUCGAUUUAUCCAACAACUUGUUACAUGGCCGAAUUCCAAGUUCAAUUUUCAAACUUGUGAACUUGAGUGUUCUUAUUCUUUCAUCCAACAAAUUGAUAGGAGAAGUCUCUUCUGCAGUUUGCGAGUUAAAUUCUCUUCAAAUUCUUGACCUGUCAAACAAUAGUUUGAACGGCUCCAUGCCACAAUGUUUGGGAAAUUUCAGCAACAAUCUUUCAGUAUUGCACUUGGGCAUGAACAAAUUCCAUGGAACCAUCCUUGAAACGUUUUCAGUAGGCAGCAACUUGAGAUAUUUGAACAUCAAUGGUAACCAAUUGCAAGGAAGAAUCCCACCUUCCAUCUCCAAUUGUAUAAAUUUGGAAAUUUUAGAUCUUGGAAACAAUAAUAUAGAUGACACAUUCCCCCAUUUUCUGGAAACACUUUCGAAGCUACAAAUUCUAAUUCUAAAAUCCAAUAAAUUUCAUGGUUUGGUGAAAGGGACCUCUGCCAAUUAUUCAUUCCCAAAGCUACGAAUUUUUGACCUCUCCAACAACAUGUUUAGCGGACCUCUACCUGCGGAGUAUUUCAACAAUUUCAAGGCAAAGAUGAUCGUUGAUUUGAAUAUGAAAUACAUGGGGGCACCAAAUCAUUCUUCUUAUGAUUAUUCUGUGAGUCUGACACUCAAAGGCUUAGAGAUUGAGUUGGUGAAAAUCCAAACACUUCUUACAUCCAUUGAUUUGUCGGGCAAUAAAUUCACAGGGGAAAUCCCACAGUCAAUUGGAAAACUUAAAUCACUUAAGUUGCUCAACUUAUCUCACAAUCAACUCACAGGCAAUAUUCAACCAUCAUUGGGGAAUUUGAGCAAUUUGGAAUCAUUAGACGUCUCUUCAAAUCUUCUUGUUGGAAGGAUUCCAAUGCAAUUGACAUAUUUGACAUUUUUGGAAGUGUUUCGGGUUUCACAUAAUCAACUUGAAGGACCUAUACCUGAAGGAAAGCAGUUCAAUACAUUUGAUAGCACUUCAUAUGAAGGAAAUUUGAGAUUGUGUGGACUUCCACUAGAAAAAUGUGACAAUGGGGAGAGGAAAAAACCAACAACAUCAAAGGAAGAUGAUUCCAAGUCUAAAAAUGGAUUUGGAUGGAAAACUGUAUUGGCAGGGUAUGGAUGUGGAGUAAUAUUUGGUGUUGCAAUGGGAUAUGUUGUGUUUAAAACAAGAAAACCUACAUGGUUUGUGAGGAUGGUUGAAGGUGAAGGGCAUCGAAAGCCAAAAAGAUUUAGCAAUUAA